AUCACCUUGGCGACGGGAGGGGCGCGGAGCAACGCCCCUUCCGCCGGAAAUGGGUUAUAGAGCCUCCACGUGCUGUCCCUCCCCCCGCCCGGCCCGGUAGCGGCGGCUCGGCUGCUGCCAUGGAGCCCGCCGGCCUGGAACAGAUACUGCAGGAGCUGCUGCUGCCGGACACAGACCGCAUCCGGCGGGCCACCGAACAGCUCCAGACCGCUCUGCGGGACCCCACUGCCCUGCCCGCGCUCUGCGACCUGCUGACGUCGGCGGGCGACCCUCAGAUCCGGCAGUUCGCAGCUGUGCUGACCCGCAGACGACUGAGCACUGGCUGGCGGCGGCUGGUGGUGGAGCAACGGGAGAGCCUCAAGUCCCUGAUCCUGACGGCCCUCCAAAGAGAGACAGAGCAUUCUGUGAGCCUUAGCCUGGCCCAGCUCUCAGCUACCAUUUUUCGAAAGGAAGGCCUGGAGGCCUGGCCUCAGCUCAUGCAGCUUCUUCAGCACAGUACCCACAGCCCCCACAUCCCAGAGAGAGAGAUGGGGCUUUUGCUGCUAAGUGUGGUGGUAACCUCCCGGCCUGAAGCCUUCCGACCCCACCACCGGGAGCUUCUUCGGCUUCUGAAUGAGACCCUGGGUGAGGUGGGCUCUCCUGGGCUCCUCUUCUAUUCCCUGCGCACUCUGACCACCAUGGCUCCUUACCUCGGCACUGAUGAUGUGCCUCUUGCGCGGAUGUUGGUGCCCAGGCUCAUCACGGCCGUGCAGGCUUUGAUCCCUGUAGAUGAGGCAAAGGCCUGUGAGGCCUUGGAGGCCCUGGAUGAACUGCUGGAGUCAGAGGUGCCCAUCAUCACCUCCCACCUCUCAGAGGUCCUCACAUUCUGCCUGGAGGUGGCUAAAAAUGUGGCCUUGGGUGACGCAAUACGUGUGCGUGUUCUCUGCUGCCUCACAUUCUUGGUCAAAGUGAAGAGCAAGGCUUUACUGAAGAAUCGUCUCCUGCCACCCUUGCUGCACACCCUUUUCCCCAUCAUGGCUGCUGAGCCCCCCCUGGGCCAGCUGGAUCCUGAGGACCAGGAUUCAGAAGAGGAAGAGCUGGAGAUUGGGCUGGUGGGGGAGACACCCAAGCACUUUGCUGUACAGGUCGUGGACAUGCUGGCACUCCAUUUGCCCCCUGAGAAGCUCUGUCCCUUGUUGAUGCCCAUGCUGGAAGAGGCCUUGAGGAGCGAGAACCCCUACCAGCGCAAGGCUGGGCUCCUGGUGCUGGCGGUGCUCUCCGAUGGAGCUGGCGACCACAUCAGGCAGAGACUGCUGCCCCCACUGCUGCAGAUCGUGUGCAAGAGCCUGGAGGAUCCGUCCCUGGUUGUUCGCAACGCUGCACUCUUCACUCUGGGCCAGUUCUCGGAGAACCUACAGCCCCACAUCAGUAGCUAUUCCGGGGAGGUGAUGCCGCUGCUCCUCACCUACCUGAAAUCAGUGCCUUCCGGGCACACACAUCACCUGGCCAAGGCCUGCUAUGCCCUGGAGAACUUUGUGGAGAACCUAGGGCCUAAAGUGCAGCCCUACCUUCUGGAGCUUAUGGAGUGUAUGCUGCAGCCUCUGAGGAAACCCAGCAGCCCCCGGGCCAAGGAACUGGCUGUGAGCGCCCUGGGGGCCAUUGCCACUGCUGCCCAGGCCUCCGUGCUGCCCUACUUCCCCACCAUCAUGGAGCACCUGCGGGAGUUCCUGUUGACAGGCCACGAGGAUCUUCAGCCUGUGCGGAUCCAGAGCCUGGAGACACUUGGGGUGCUGGUUCGAGCAGUGGGGGAGCCCAUGAGACCCCUGGCUGAGGAAUGCUGCCAGUUGGGGCUGGGCCUGUGUGACCAGGUAGACGACCCUGACUUGCGGCGCUGCACGUACAGCCUGUUUGCAGCCUUAUCGGGGCUGAUGGGUGAGAGCCUGGCUCCCCACUUGCCACAAAUCACCACACUCAUGCUGUCGUCCCUGCGUUCCACCGAGGGCAUUGUGCCUCAGUACGACGGAAACAGUGCCUUCCUUCUGUUUGAUGACGAGAGCGAUGGGGAAGAAGAGGAGGAGCUCAUGGAUGAGGACGAGGAGGAGGACUCAGAGAUCUCAGGGUACAGCGUGGAAAACGCCUUCUUCGAUGAGAAGGAAGACACCUGUGCUGCCUUGGGGGAGAUCUCUGUGAAUGCCAGUGUGGCCUUCCUUCCCUACAUGGAGACUGUCUUUGAAGAAGUGUUCAAACUGCUGGAGUGCCCUCACCUGAACGUGCGAAAGGCAGCCCACGAGGCCCUGGGUCAGUUCUGCUGUGCGCUGCACAAAGCCUGUCAAAGCUGCCCCUCGGAACCCAACGCUGCUGCUCUGCAGGCUGCCCUGGCCCGGGUGGUGCCAUCCUACAUGCAGGCAGUGAACGGGGAGCAGGAGCGCCAGGUGGUGAUGGCUGUGCUGGAGGCCCUGACAGCGGUGCUUCGUGGCUGUGGGAACCUGGCUCUGCAGCCCCCUGGGCGGCUUGCGGAGCUCUGCCACAUGCUCAAGGCUGUGCUGCAGAGGAAGAUAGCCUGUCAGGAUGCGGACGAGGAGGAGGAAGAGGACCAGGCUGAAUACGAUGCCAUGUUGCUGGAGCACGCUGGCGAGGCCAUCCCUGCCCUGGCAGUUGCGGCUGGCGGGGACGCCUUUGCCCCCUUCUUUUCUGGCUUCCUGCCGUUACUGCUCUGCAAGACAAAACAGGGCUGCACAGUGGCAGAGAAGUCCUUUGCGGUGGGGACGCUGGCUGAGUCUAUCCAGGGCCUGGGUGCCGCUUCGGCCCAGUUUGUGUCCCGGCUGUUCCCUGCACUGCUGAGCACUGCCCGGGAGACAGACCCCGAGGUGCGGAGCAAUGCCAUCUUCGGGCUGGGCGUGCUGGCAGAGCACGGGGGCCGCCCUGCCCAGGAACACUUCCCCAAGCUGCUGGGGCUCCUCUUGCCCCUGCUGGCGCGGGAGCGCCAUGAUCGUGUCCACGACAACAUCUGUGGGGCACUUGCCCGCCUGCUGAUGGCCAGUCCCACAAGGAAACCGGAGCCCCAGGUGCUGGCUGCUCUGCUGCAUGCCCUGCCACUGAAGGAGGACUUGGAGGAGUGGGUCACCAUAGGACAUCUCUUCAGCUUCCUGCAUCAGAGCAGCCCUGACCAGGUUGUAGAUGUGGCUCCCGAGCUCUUGCGCAUUUGUAGCCUCAUUCUGGCUGAGAACAAGAUCCCAGCAGACACCAAGGCGGCACUGCUGCUGCUCCUGACAUUCUUGGCCAAACAGCACUCCGACAGCUUCUAUUCGGCACUGGGCUCGCUGCCUGCUGACAAGGCUCAAGAGCUCCAGGCCAUCCUGGGCCUCACGUAGACCAAGGGCAGCCGCUGGGCCAGAGAACAGAGCCUGCCCAGGCCCAAGCCCAGCUCUCAGCCCAGUUCCAGCUCACGCCUUACCAAAGAUUCUGGGCCUGGGCCUCCUACCCACUUGGAGUCUCAGCCUUACUUGCUGCCUUCCCUGAGGCUGGAUUUGUCAUUCUGUGGGACAGUAUAAAAGGAGUCAUGACACCA